GUCUUCAGCUCAAGUGGGCGAACUCCACGACCUGAGUCGUACUCGGAGGAUGUGGCCACCGCCGAGCAUGGCAAAAAACUGGGCCGAGAGCCCUCCGAGGUGCUUCACGAACUCAGGUCCGGAGCCGAAACAGGCUGGGACUUCUCCACACGCUGGCUGCAGAGAGCAGCUUCGGAUGCCGGGUCAAGUGACCUCGCCACGAUCAACGCCAGCCAGGUCGUGCCGGUGGAUUUAAACUGUAUUCUCCUCCGCCUUGAAAAGCGUCUCGCUGCCUUCGCGCGCCACCUUGGCGACAAGGACCGUGCAGCCGCUUUGGAGGCAGCCGCAGAGCGUCGCAGUGCCGCAGUGGACCGCCUUCUCUGGUCGGAUGACUUGGGCAGCUACCGGGAUCUCCGCCUGGACACCGGCAAGGCGGCUGUCCUCCCGUCUCUUUCCGACUUCGCGGCUCCCCUGUGGGCCGGCCUCACUGGACGACGCGUGGAAGCGCUUCUGGCGUCGCUCCGUGGCAGCGGCCUCUUGCAGGCUGGCGGUGCUGCAACCACCACCCUCAAUUCCGGAGAGCAGUGGGACGCACCGAAUGCCUGGGCACCGCUGCAGCUCAUGCUCAUUGAGGGCCUCGAGACGCUGAGCAAGACCAUGGGCUCAGAAGCUCCAGGCAGCGCUGAAUUGGCCGAGGAAUUGGCCAGCCGCUGGCUUCGGAAUUGCUACGAGGCCUGGCACAAGCACGGAGCAAUGUUCGAGAAGUACGACGCCUUUCACCCUGGCGAGGGCGGCGGAGGGGGUGAGUAUCAUCCACAGACAGGAUUUGGUUGGAGCAACGGCGUGGCUCUUGUUUU